CACUCUAUCCCUCCCUCUUUCGUUGCUGUACGUUUCCGCUGGGAGUGCCGCUGACUAGGGACGCCGACCGCAAACGCUGACCGGAGACACCGAGCAGAGCCGCCGCUAGGUUGCCGCCGACGUCCUCCUCUCCUUCCUCUGUUGCGCGCCUUCUCGUCCGUCGAGCCAGGGAGUGCAGCGGCGAGUUCACUCCAAUUCAAAUUAAAUUUGUCGUUUUUUCAAGGUGAUUUGUGGUUUCCAUACCUUCCAUUAGCGUUAAUUCAUAGAUUAGAACUUUCUUAGCAUAUAAUCUUGCGAUUUGAUUGAGAAUUUGUGAUUGUUGUGUUGAAAUUAUGGAAUUGGUGUUUGGGGGGCUGUUUUCCAUCAUCACCUCCGGUGACCGCCGGCAACGGCGGCGACAAGAUGGUCGGAACUGGGCAGCCUCUUGAUUUGGACCAAUUGGAUCCAAUUGGCACCAAUUGGGUUCAAUUGGGUCCUAACGGGUUCUAUUGGGGCUGUUUGGCCGGGCUUCGGGCUCGGGCAGCCGGGUUGGCUACCGGCAGGGGUGCCGAGGUUAGUCCAGCGACGACGGGGACUGCUCUGGUGGGGGCAGCGGGCCCGAGGCUCGAUUCCGCGCAGGUAAGUGGGAUUAAUUGUAAUUUGGGUUUGUUGAUUAUGCUUGACGGUAAUCGUGGGUCUUCGGCCCAGAUAGGCCGCUACAUGAUUUGUUGUGAAUUGUGAACUGAGAUUUAAAUGAAACUGAUCUUAUUGGUGAAUAUUGUGGAUUAUGAAUAAUAUAUGAGAAAUAGGCCACCUAGUAUAAUUAGGCGGACCUGAAAUGGAUUGACUGAUUGAAUCACCAAUAGGAUGUGGUAUAUUUUCACUCAGCGUUUCGCUGAGCAUGUAGUCGUUGUUGUUUGACUGCACGCAGGUAGGAACACAAAUUUGGAUGGGCAACCCGGAGGGCAGUGAAGCUGUGGUGUGGCGUGGAUGAAUUUUGGACAUUAUUUAGAUUUUCUUAUGCUUUCGCGAUGUUUGGACUUGUUUUGUUACUCCGAUGAAUUUUGGUUUAGCUUUAAAACUCUUUGG